CUCUGGGAGGAGGAAGAGAAGGAGGAAGAGGAGGAGGAGGAGGGGGAGGAAGAGGAGAAAGGCGCAGGGGUGGGAGCUGUUGCCGAAGCUGCCACAGCAAAAGUUCUCCCCCCUCCCCCCUUCCCCUCCUCUUAAGGCCCCUAGAAAGGUUGAAGCUGCCGCCGCCUGCAGUUGGUGACCGCGCGACUCGGCACCCGCCCGCGGAUAGAGGGAGGAAUCAACAGCUUGGAAAUUCGGCCAAGUGAUCUGGCGGGAUGGGCAUUUGCCUGACCUAUUUUGUAGAGGAAUUGGAUGGCAUAAAUGAUUGAAGUGGUAUUGAGGGUCUCUGAAGCCUACGAAAGGUAGAAACUCAACCAUGAUUUCUUUUUCAACUCUACAGCAUUCCCUUCCUUGAAGUCUUCAUUUUUACGUUAGUCUCAGGCAUUUAUACUUAAGCAUGAACAUUGACGACAAACUGGAAGGAUUAUUUCUUAAAUGUGGCGGCAUAGACGAAAUGCAGUCUUCCAGGGCAAUGGUUGUAAUGGGUGGAGUGUCUGGCCAGUCUACUGUGUCUGGAGAGCUGCAGGAGUCGGUUCUUCAAGAUCGGAGUAUGCCUCACCAGGAGAUCCUUGCUGCAGAUGAAGUGUUACAAGAAAGUGAAAUGAGACAACAGGAUAUGAUAUCACAUGAUGAACUCAUGGUCCAUGAGGAAACAGUGAAAAAUGAUGAAGAGCAGAUGGAGACACAUGAAAGACUUCCUCAAGGACUACAGUAUGCACUUAAUGUCCCUAUAAGUGUAAAGCAGGAAAUUACUUUUACUGAUGUAUCUGAGCAACUGAUGAGAGACAAAAAACAAAUCAGAGAGCCAGUAGACUUGCAGAAAAAGAAGAAACGGAAACAACGUUCUCCUGCAAAAAUCCUUACAAUAAAUGAGGAUGGAUCACUUGGUUUGAAAACCCCUAAAUCUCACGUUUGUGAGCACUGCAAUGCUGCCUUUAGAACGAACUAUCACUUACAGAGACAUGUCUUCAUUCAUACAGGUGAAAAACCAUUUCAAUGUAGUCAAUGUGACAUGCGUUUCAUACAGAAGUACCUGCUACAGAGACAUGAGAAGAUUCAUACUGGUGAAAAACCAUUUCGCUGUGAUGAAUGUGGUAUGAGAUUCAUUCAAAAAUACCAUAUGGAAAGGCAUAAGAGAACUCAUAGUGGAGAAAAACCCUACCAGUGUGAAUACUGUUUACAGUAUUUUUCCAGAACAGAUCGUGUACUGAAACAUAAACGUAUGUGCCAUGAAAAUCAUGACAAAAAACUAAACAGAUGUGCCAUCAAAGGUGGCCUUCUGACAUCUGAGGAAGAUUCUGGCUUUUCUACAUCACCAAAAGAUAACUCACUGCCAAAAAAGAAAAGGCAGAAAACUGAGAAAAAAUCAUCUGGGAUGGACAAAGAGAGUUCUUUGGACAAAUCUGACCUGAAGAAAGACAAAAAUGAUUACUUGCCUCUUUACUCUUCAAGUACUAAAGUAAAAGAUGAGUAUAUGGUGGCAGAGUAUGCUGUUGAAAUGCCGCAUUCUUCAGUUGGGGGAUCGCAUUUAGAAGAUGCAUCAGGAGAAAUACAUCCACCUAAGUUGGUUCUCAAAAAAAUUAAUAGUAAGAGAAGUCUGAAACAGCCAUUGGAGCAAAAUCAAACAAUUUCGCCUUUAUCCACAUAUGAAGAGAGCAAAGUUUCAAAGUAUGCUUUUGAACUUGUGGACAAACAAGCUUUACUGGACUCAGAAGGCAAUGCUGACAUUGACCAGGUUGACAAUUUGCAAGAGGGGCCUAGUAAACCUGUGCACAGUAGCACUAAUUAUGAUGAUGCCAUGCAGUUUUUGAAGAAGAAGCGAUAUCUUCAGGCAGCAAGUAACAAUAGUAGGGAGUAUGCGCUGAAUGUGGGUACCAUAGCUUCUCAGCCUUCUGUAACACAGGCAGCUGUGGCAAGUGUCAUUGAUGAGAGUACUACAGCAUCCAUAUUAGAUUCACAGGCACUGAAUGUGGAGAUAAAAAGUAAUCAUGACAAAAAUGUUAUUCCAGAUGAGGUACUGCAGACUCUGUUGGAUCAUUAUUCUCAUAAAGCUAAUGGACAGCAUGAGAUAUCAUUCAGUGUUGCGGACACUGAGGUGACUUCUAGCAUAUCAAUAAACUCUUCUGAAGUACCUGAGGUUACCCAGUCGGAGAAUGUUGGAUCAAGCUCCCAAGCAUCCUCAUCAGAUAAAGCCAACAUGUUGCAGGAAUACUCAAAGUUUCUGCAGCAGGCUUUGGACAGAACUAGCCAAAAUGAUGCCUAUUUGAAUAGCCCGAGCCUUAACUUUGUGACCGAUAACCAGACCCUUCCAAAUCAGCCAGCAUUCUCUUCCAUAGACAAGCAAGUCUAUGCAGCCAUGCCCAUCAAUAGCUUUCGAUCAGGAAUGAAUUCUCCAUUAAGAACAACUCCAGAUAAGUCCCACUUUGGACUAAUAGUUGGUGAUUCACAGCACUCAUUUCCCUUUUCAGGUGAUGAGACAAACCAUGCUUCUGCCACAUCAACACAGGACUUUUUGGAUCAAGUGACUUCUCAGAAGAAAGCUGAGGCUCAGCCUGUCCACCAAGCUUACCAAAUGAGCUCUUUUGAACAACCCUUCCGUGCUCCAUAUCAUGGAUCCAGAGCUGGAAUAGCUACUCAGUUUAGCACUGCCAAUGGACAGGUGAACCUUCGGGGACCAGGGACAAGUGCAGAAUUUCCAGAAUUUCCCUUGGUGAAUGUAAAUGAUAAUAGAGCUGGGAUGACAUCCUCACCUGAUGCCACAACUGGCCAGACUUUUGGCUAAAAAAAUGUGUAAAUAAUACUGGCACUUUAGAACAGAUUAAUCAAGAGUGGGGUUACUCUGUGUAAAAUGGAGUGCUGUACAGAUUUAAGAGCAAUGCGUUAAAACAAGUUAAGCUGAUAUGAAUAGCAAGAUAAUCCAAUAACUGCAUUUUGUUUGGUUAGUCAGCAUUCUUUGAACUGCCUUACAUGUUGUCACCUUUAUAGAAGCAAUGCAUUAUUUGUUUUAGAUCAGAAACUUGCUAUUCCACCUACACCAAGUUUAAAAGGAAAAAAAAAAGACUUUCGCACAAUUGUUUCCUAACUGAUAAUAUUGUACAUUUUUAGGAGAUUAGUAAUUGUGUGAAAUUUACUCAUACUGUUUCUAAGUUUUUCAGCAUAGUCAUGGCACUUCAGCAGGGAAUCUGAGUAUACUUUAUAGACAGAGUGAACUUAAAAGUUUAAAUGUCAAGAGAUUAUGGCUUAAAUAAAUUAGUGUGUCCUAUAGGGGGAAAAAGGAAACCACCUUUUAAAAAGAAUGAUAUGCCAUAUACCCUUGAUCUUCAUUUUGCAUUAUAUUGACAUGUUUUUUUUUUUGAGAAAAAAAGUAAUAAAAAUCUGAUAGUCUAAGACUCCACUAUUUAAAAGCCUAAUUACUUUAAAAAUAUGCAUACUUUCAAAACUUUUACCAAAAUACAUAACUGUUGAAGCAUUCACUUCUCUAUGGAAGUAUGCAUAUUGGUGUCAGUUUCUUUGUACAGUUGUACCUAGAUAUUUUUUAUGAUUUUUCAUGUGCAAGUAUCAAGGUUUUGAAGUUUUAGUAAAAAGAUAUUCUGUAGAUUACAUUCCCAAGAACAUAAUGCUUAUACAAAAUGUAUAUUCCACAUUUUAAAGCUUAAUUGUAUUUUACUUUACAUAUACACUUCAGU